CUUGUGAACAACAACUGUCAAAAAGAAGCUUGGUCCUUAAGUAGUUAAACUGUUUUAAAAAUGUAAGUCUGCAGUAGGAGAAAUCAUAGAAAGCUAAAGAGUUCCCAAAAUGCACAAGUUGGAAGGUUUCUUUUAGUUGUGAUUGUAAAUAUAGCACUAUAUUAUUCCAGUUUGCAGUUAUUAAAUUCACAACAGUGACCAGUAGAGGGCAGAGAUGACAUCUGAUCCUUCUGCGCUGCACACAACACACAACAGAGCCUCUGCUGUCAUCCUUUCUCUCCCCCCUGGUUUUGUGAAGCGUUCCUCCAGCAACAGAGAAAGGAAGGCUGCUGCUCUGAUAAGAGUUCUGUGGAUGUAUUUAGCAAGUUGGAUACAAAUGUGCUACUCUAUGAAGGUCUCUUUGUGCACCAUGGAUGCACUUAAUUCCUAGGAUUUACAUGUGGAUUCGGAGAAAGCAGUCACGCUGCUUGGAAGGAAGGUUUAAGUUAUGGACAUUCAAAACUCAGCAGAGACUUGGAAAUGGCAAGUAAAGUGCUUCUUUUUCCUUUGUAGCUGGGGCUGGGUCUCUGGGCAGCUUCGCUAUUCGGUCGUGGAGGAGUCUGAGCCAGGGACAGUGGUGGGAAAUGUAGCACAAGAUCUGGGACUGAAAAUCUCUGAUCUCUCGAAACGCAAGCUUAGGAUGGGAUCAGAGGGAAGCAGAAAAUACUUUGCUGUGAACUGGGAAAAUGGAGCUUUGGUAGUGAAUGAAAAGAUAGACAGGGAGAGCCAGUGUGGCUCUAGCACAAGCUGUGUGUUACCCGUUGAAGUAGUUAUAGAAAACCCUCUACAGCUACACCGUGUCAUGGUAGAGAUUAUGGAUAUAAAUGAUAACUCUCCCGUAUUUUCAAACAAUGAAAGAACUAUAAAGAUUACAGAAUUGAUCGCAAGUCCGGGAGCAAGGUUUACUUUGGAAAGUGCACACGAUCUGGAUGUGGGGACCAAUGGAAUUAAACAAUAUAAACUGGAACCGAGUCCUUAUUUCUCGCUGUCUGUAAAGAACCGCAAAGAUGGAACUGUCAUUCCAGAGCUAGUGUUAGAAAAAGUUUUGGACAGAGAAGAAGCAGACAGACAUCACCUUAUCCUUACAGCUGUAGAUGGAGGCACUCCCUCAAGGUCUGGAACUACACAAAUACAUGUCAUUGUCAUGGAUUUAAAUGACAAUCCACCUACCUUUGAAAAGGGAUCCUAUAAAAUUAAUUUAAGGGAAAACACUGCUGUUAACACGAUACUUUUAAAACUUAAUGCCACCGAUCUAGAUGAAGGUGCCAACGGUGAAAUUGAAUAUUCCUUUGAUGAUCACACACCAGAUUCUAUUAAAAGAAUAUUUGCCUUAAAUCCAAGCACAGGGGUUAUUUCUGUUAUUGGGCCAGUUGAUCAUGAAGAGUCAAGGUCGUUUGAGUUAUCCAUCAGAGCAAAAGACAAAGGUGUGCCAGAAAUGGAGGGGAGCUGUGUUAUUCACGUGGAAGUUGAUGAUGUCAACGAUAAUACACCGGAGAUAGUGCUGACCUCUUUAAUGACAGAUGUUCCUGAAGAUACAGCAAUCGGAACAGUUGUUGGGCUCUUCAGAGUAAAUGACAAAGAUUUGGGUCCAAAUGGAGAGGUAAAACUGGAGCUGCCCUCUAAUUUACCGUUCAAAUUUAAAUCUUCAGAUGAUCACUAUUCAUUAAUUACAGAUGGUGCCUUGGAUAGGGAAACAAUGUCCCAGUAUGUCAUUGACCUGGUUGCAAGUGACAUGGGGUCUCCUCCUCUAAGGACGCAAAAAACAAUAAUUUUAAAAAUCUCAGAUGUCAAUGACAACCAGCCUACCUUUUCCCAAGUUACUUACAGUGCCACUGUACAAGAAAACAACAAGCCUGGGCAGUUACUUGUAGAGGUUUUGGCAUCAGAUCCAGAUGAAGGAGAGAAUUCCAACUUAGUUUAUUCAAUUACGGAUGGCCAAGUUGGAGGUUCCACAAUAUCAUCUUUUGUAUAUAUUAAUCCAAAAACUGGAAAUAUUUAUGCACAGCGUUCAUUUGAUUUUGAACAGGUCCAGGUUUUACAAAUCCCAGUGAAAGUUGAGGAUUCUGGAUCUCCAAAACAGUUUUCCAAUACAACUGUGUAUAUCUUCAUUUUAGAUGCUAAUGACAAUUCUCCAUCAAUUUUCUACCCUGAGCAUUCGGAUGAGUUCCUUGCCCAUCAGAAGAUACCAAGGUCAGCCCCAGGUGGAUACUUUGUUACUAAAGUAAAUGCAGUGGACCUUGAUUCUGGUCAUAAUGCAUGGUUAGUAUAUAACUUUGUCAAUGCCACUGACUCAUCUUUAUUCUCUAUAUCUUCCCAAAUGGGAGAAAUUAGGACUACCCGUAGUUUUCAGGAAAAUGAAAAUCAAGAGCAAAGUUUAGUUAUUUCAGUUAGUGAUCAUGGAGAACCUCCCUUGUCUGCUACCAUGACAAUCGUCAUUACAUUAGAAGAUACUACAAUCCAGGAAAAUAUGAAGUCCCAGGAUUUGUUUCCAAGUUCCACAAACAGUUCUGAAAUAACAAUGUAUUUAAUUAUUUCUUUGGUGGCAAUAAGUGCAGUAUCUUUUAUUACCUUCACAAUAUUGCUGAUAAAAUGUCUGAAAAAAGAUAGCGGUGGUCCAGCGUGGUGUUGCAAAGAUGAUUCUGAGCCAAAUCACUACACGGGACAGUAUCAACCAACUCUGCAUUUGAACUCAGACGGUACUUUGAAGUAUAUGGAAGUUAGGAUGGCACCAACAGAUCCUAAGGGUCAGUGUUACAAAUCCUGCUAUUCCACAAUGUCAGAUAAAAAUGAUAUCAACUUCAUGAAGCCUUUAAAUUUUCCUCAACUGAAAAGCAUGUUCAGUGAAAACGAGGCUUUAUUCCCCACUCUAAGGGGGCCUGGGCAGCAGGCGCAGCCUAAUGCAGACUGGCGUAUCUCUCAGGCUCAAAGACCCGGACCCAGUGGAGCUCAACCCACAGAGGAAGCUGGAGUAUGGCCAAACAACCAGUUUGAAACCGAGAGACUUCAGGCGAUGAUUCUGGCAUCCGCCAACGAGGCUGCUGAAGGAACAUCAGGCCUUGGAGGAAGCACAGGCACCAUGGGCCUCAGUGCCCGAUAUGGACCACAGUUCACCCUGCAGCAUGUGCCCGACUACAGACAAAACGUCUACAUUCCGGGAAGUACACUAACCCCGACCAAUGCUGCAGGGAAGCGUGAUGGAAAAGGUGGUGGAAACAAGAAGAAGUCGGGGAAGAAAGACAAGAAGUAACCAUUUUAGAGCAGUUUACAUCAACAGGGCACCAUUGUUUGAGAGCUUUUCCAUCUUAAAAAGAAAAAGUAUUAGGGUGAAGUUGAAUGUCACCUUAGGAAAACAUAUACAUAAAAUCAGUAUCAAGAAUGUGUCAUCGUUAUUUCUGGCUACACAAAAUGUCCUUUAGCUGGACAUUUGUCUGCUUCUAGCCUUUGUGAUGAGAACAUUAUAUUAAAACCUCUGAAAUAAGUGCCCUGAUAUAUCCGUCAAUAUUUUGUACUAGUGCAGGCUAAUUACCUAGCUAACGUAUGCACUCUUUUUACAAACUUCUUCAAUUUGAUUUGCUCCCACAGUUCCAUCUUGUGGAAUUUCUUCCAUUGUAUAUAAUCCCAGCCGAUAUUUAUAAUUUAUAAGCAUUCGGGUAAUUAAGUGUUUUUUACCUGUUUCCCAUUAUUUUUCCAUUGACUAACUAGUGGCACUAGUCAGUGUGCUAAAAGUAGUGAUAUGUCACCAAAUUUUAAAAAUAAAUACUCCUAAAGGGCUUGGUAUAUAUGAAGGCAAGCCCUAAUAAAUGAUAAAAAAUGGAAAAUAAUACUUGCCAAUAUUCUAAAUCCAGGGCCAAAUUUUGUCCAGCUCAUAAUCUUUCCUGCUAGGUAUUACCCUGCUCAUUUUGUCAGUGGGUCUGGAAAUAUUGGUAAUUAUGGAUAAUUUGUGUUGUAAUUGCCUACAAGAAGUGAAGGCACCAUUAUACUAAAACGUGUGUGCUCCACUUGGAAAAUGUAAGCUGUAGUCCUAAAAAAAAAUAAAAAAAAAAAUAGGUUAGCUUGCAAAGUGGCUGCCUCCACUGAGUAUAAGUAAUGGAUACACUUUAACUGAGUUUAUUUUGCUUAAAUAUGUAAAAACAAAUAUAUAUGUAGUGAUUGUACAACUACUACUUAGCAAGAGUGUCAAUGGUCUUGUGCAGUACUUCUUUUAAUACUGUACUUGUUGAUGUUUUGUUUUAUUUUCUGACAGAAAAAAUAUGUAAGUUCCCCCAACUGUGGAUUAAAAGUUUCACAUUAUUUGAUGUAAACACUGAUACAAUUGUUCAUGCCGACUCACUCCUUCAGGGUGUUAAACCGGGUUCUUUACACUUCUGCACACAGAAAUGCAUGUCUAAUUUUCACAUGGUGUCUACAGUUUUCCACCAGAUGUAGGAACUUUGUUGCAUGUAGCCAGCAUGGGGGUCAUUCAUUCUUUAUAUAGAAUGGUUAAAGUAAGCCUGUGUAGUGCAGGGAAAAUGUUUGAGUAUAUUGAGUACUUUCACUUGGGGAGGAGACUAAGACACAAACUAGACUAUCCUACAUUUUCAUAAUUAAAUGUAUAUCAAAAUAGUUCUUACAGUUCCAGUAAUGUAUGUGAGAAAUGACAAAACAUAGUCACAUUUCAAAAUGCCCUACUGGCUUAAGUUAUGAAGCAACUAAUGAACUCUUAAGUUCUUUUGAGCGUUAAUUUAUCUGCUAAAAUGUGGAGGCUUAUUUAAUCAGAUAGAGACUAGUGUGCAAAGUGAAGCAACCUAUAACAUCCUAUCAGAAAUCUUCUUCUGACUACUAUAAACUAAGAAAGAUGAAAUUAGAAUGGUUGAUGUGGAAAACAGCACAUUGCACAUGAUCAAUACCAUUAUCCUAUUAGAAAAUAAGCCUCUAUAUCAAUAUUGUUUGCAGAGGGAGGUAGAGUUUGGACACCGGGGUCACUUGCGAUAUAAUACGAUGAAUUUGGCCAAGCUUCUUUAGAAAUUGCCUUUUAGAGGCUACUGACGUUGCUUUUAUUAAUAUACAGUAGUAACUUGCUUUUUAAAUUGGGCAAAAUUCUUACAUUUUAUGCCAGCGUAAUGUUGCUUUGCUAUAUUUCUCGCUCCUUCACUUCAGUAUCAGGUUAGAUAAAAAAUAAAAAAAAUGCAAAAAAAAAAGGAAGAAAACUUUCAUUAUCCUCCUCCAUGUCUCUUGUAAUAAUAGUAACCAUCCUCACUGCUUGUAAUACUAAUAACUAAGGCAGUAACGUGAGUCUUUUAGCGAUAGAUUACAUUUUUGCUAUUUUUCUUUUCUUUCUAUUGAAACAAAAAAGAAUAUGUCAUUGUAGAGAUACUAUUGUGUUGUAAGAAUGAAGUGCUUAUUUCAUCCCAGUAGCUAACUUGUGAACAGCAGUAUUUUAAUAUUCUCCUAUCUUUACGUGUGGUUUGUGAUCUCAAUGUACAUGAGUUGAAUUGCAUCUGUCCUUUUUAAAUGUGUCUAAUACUAAACUACUAUAUCUACAUAUUAUAUAAAUAUAUAUAGGCUUAUUCCCCUCCCUGUAUCCAUAUACCCAUGUCACUGUAUUACAUGCAAGUUUUAUACUCUGUUUUUAUAUUGCUUUCUUUCUUCGGGAGAAAAAAAAAAUGAAUAAAAUGUUUUCUUCAAAA